AUGACUGGAGCACCGGUCUCUUCGGGUGGCGGAAAACUAGUGCCAGUUGCGCCCGAUGGCGGUUGGGGAUGGAUUGUUGUUAUCGGAUCGUUCUUUGUUCACGUUUUUGCUGAUGGUUUUGUGUAUUCAUUCGGAGUUCUUGUUGAGGAAUUGAUCAAGGUUGGUUUGUAAUUUAGAAGUGUUAGAAAAUAACGAGAAUCAGAUGAAUUUUGAAUUUUUAAAAUUUAAUUUAAAAUUUUUUUCCAAAAAAAAACUCCGAAAUUUUGUAGCCCCAAUUCCAAUUUUCUAACCGGUUCCCCAAUAAUUACUUCUAUUGCACUUUUUUUAGUUCAAUCUUUAGUUUCUAUAAUUUCUCGAAAAAUUUCCACAUUUCAAAAAAAAAAAUAAGACUCGUUCUCAAUUGACCGUUGUCAAGUGGUUUCUUGGUAAAUAUUAGUAUAUUAUGUGUUGUUUUCGAGUGCUAUGAAAUAUGAUAGCACCGGGAAAACCCCCCGUCUUCCUGUAUGAUUAUACCAUAUAUUUUUUCGCGGGAAAAAUCAAAAAUCACAUCAAAAGGGCAUUUGCUUAGUUAGUGUACUUUCAAGCUAUCUUGCCAACGCAAACGGAAAAAAAAGCAGAGGGCAGCAAACGCAGGAACAAAAUAAUAAAUCAAUUUUCAACGAGAAAAGUUCAGACAAAAGAGUAUUCUCAUAUGAUAGCAGCUGUUUAAAAAACAUACAGGAUAUAUCAUUUGUUGUUCACGUGCACAUCAUUGAACAUUAUAUAUCUCAAAGGGUCAACAAACAAUUUGUUUAUUUAUUUUUUUUUUCCAGGAAUUUCACUCAUCAAAUACAAUGUCUUCAUUGAUCAUCUCAUUAUUGACCGGUUUGACUUUGGGAUCUGGACCACUUGCCUCAGCGAUUUGUAACAAAUAUGGUUGUAGAACAACAACUAUUGUUGGAUCUGGUAUUUCGUUUGUCGGAUGUCUUGCUGCAUAUUUUGCAACACAAAUGUGGCACAUUGUGAUCAGUGUUGGUGUGAUUAUGGGCAUGGGAUUCGGUUUGAUGUAUUGUCCAGCUAUCGUUAUUGUCACAAUGUAUUUUGAACAGUAAGUAUCUAUCGAUUUCUCUAAAUUUUAUGAAUUCACCUUAUAUUUUUCAAUUUUAGCAAACGUUCAUUGGCAACUGGAAUCGCAGUGGCUGGAGCUGGAGUUGGAACCGUUCUCUUCUCACCAAUCAACACAUACCUCAUCAGAGAAUUCGGCUGGCGCAGUGUUUUCCUCGCAUUCCUGCUUGUUUUGGUGCUCUGCGCAAUUUGUGGUGCAACAUUUGCUCCAUUAGAAUUUGUUCUCAUUGGUGAAGAUGGAGAAGAAGUAGAAGAAGUGAAAGAAACUGAACUUGUUGAGAAAAAAGAGAAUGAAGAAACUGGAGAACGUGCUGAACUUUUGGCUCCACCAAAAUAUACACCAAAAGCACAAUCACAGAGUUCGGGAAUUAACGAGGCUGGAAAAAUUCGAUCUGCAUCAUCGCAUUUGUCAGUCAAUUUAGAAUCUCAAUCUCGAUCACGCGCUGGAACUGUUGGAGAAAGAGAUAGUGGAUAUUUGAACAGAAAGGAUGUUUUCUACACCGGAUCUAUUCACAACGUUGCUGAAUUCCGAGAAGAUCCACACAAAUAUCGAUCGACUGGCUCGUUGCACAAUCGCCACGGAACUGUUGGAAGUGUUGCUGCCGUUUCAGUCGCCAAACUCGAUGAUGUUAGAGAGGGAAGCCAAGAAGAUAGUCAAGCUUUGGAUGUUAGUGAAUCAACAAAUACUGAAGGAAAGAAUAUGUGGAAGUAAGUCAUUUAUUUUUGCUUGAAAAAAAUUAAUUUGUGAAUUUCAGAACUAUUAACAACAUGCUUUCAUUGGACCUUCUUCUCGAUCCAACCUUUUUGAUCUUUGCUAUUUCCAAUCUUUUGACAUCUGUCGGCUUCAACUCUCCUCUCUAUUUCCUUCCACUCCACGCAUCUCAAAUCGGAUUGGAGAAAAAACAAGGAUCUAGUGUAUUGGGAGCUUUUGGAGUGGCAAACACACUUGGACGUGUUGUUUUCGGAGUCAUUGCUGAUCAUCAACUCCCACUUCCAUUCGGACUCGGAAAAGAUACUGCCAGAAAUCGUUUGUGGAUGUAUAAUAUCUCUUUGGCUGUAAGUUGACGAUUUUAUAUCACUUUCAAAAGAAAUCCUAUAAAUCUUUCAGUGCUUGCAUUUUUUAUCUGAUCCCACCCCUAACCUUCAUUUUUUCAGAUUUGCGGAAUUCUCACCGUCUUCACUUACAAAUUCCAAACCUUCAUUCAAUUGACAAUCUAUUCGGCUUCAUUCGGUUUCUCGAUUGCUUCAUACGUUUGCCUUACUUCUGUCAUUCUUGUCGAUCUUCUUGGCCUUGAUAAACUUACAAACGCUUUUGGACUCUUGCUUUUAUGUCAAGGAAUCGGAACUGUUUUCGGACCACCAAUCUCUGGAUAUUUUGCUGAUUACAGUGGAACCUAUGAUCUUUCUUUCAUCUUCUGCGGUAUCAAUCUAUUUGUAAGUUUUUUUUCAAAAUUUUUAGUGAUAAAUUCAAAUAAAUUUUUGCAGAUAUCUGGAGUUAUGCUCUUCCUCAUUCCAUACUUCCAAAAGAAGAAGCCAUAA